CCAAGGGUGAGGUUAUAUCAGCACUGUUCCCACACAUUAUACAUCAGUAAUCUUCAUCAACUUCCUCAUCAUCACCAUCAGCAGCCAUGCUCGCUCGUUCUCUUCUGGUGAUCAUGCUGGUUCUCACCUGCCAUCAGUACUUCACUAUGGCACAGAGUGCAAAAGGACCAGAGGACUGUUGUUUUAAAUUCUUUAUAAAACCGAUACCUGUUAGAGUCAUUAAAACGUAUAUUAAUACGAGCAGUGACUGUCCGAAAAAUGGAGUCAUUUUUACUACCCAGAAUUCCAGCCGUGUGUGCGUGGACCCAGGCUUUAAGUGGGUUCAGAGGGCCAUGGACCUAGUUGACCAGCGCUUGUAUGAAAGUUCAACCUAAACCCAGCCAAGCUGUUAUAU